UGGCCAGAUGGGGAUAAACGAUAGUGUCGUUGAUUUCAAAAACUGAAUCGAAUUUUAUUCAAAUGUAAACAAACUAUUUUAAAGUAUUUGAACGAAUUACUAAAAGAGAAGAAACGCCAGCCUAAGUCUAAGGCAUGGGCUCAACGCCCAUCCUCAACGAACGAGGAUGAGUCGGAGUCACCGGAGGAUGAUCUACCUGCUGUGUUUCUGUGUGACCUAAUAAAAACGGAUAUUAACUUGGACGAAUAAAGGCGGGAAACUUUGCUCUGAAUAGAACGUAAUCAAACACGUAAGUGUGUAACGUACUUAAAGAAGAGUACUGAAGAGCUGGACUACGGUCACACCAGUCAAUCAAAAAGUAACGGAGCUUUUCCACGCAGUCCAAAUCCGUAAAGUGUAGUUUUUCGUUUUUUUAAAUAUCUAUCUAUUUUUGUUUUGUGUAAGAAUGAGCUUGCAGGACGAGAGCUUUCCGUCAGAUGAACUGUUCGAGCAGUUCAACAAUCGGUGCCCGCGGCCGAAGUUCUCGGAGCUCCAUCAGCCGGCCGCCUUCGAAAGGCAUCCGGCGCCAUUUUGCGACUCCUACACAGAUGUGGCCGACAAGAGCGCCAACACGUGCGUGAGCGAUCCGGUGGGUCGCCACGAGGCAGAGGACGAGGACGAGGACGAGGAGAAGAUCGAAAACGAUGAGUACGAGUUGCGCGGUGGGUGCGGGGGUCGGGGCAGCAUGGCGGCGUCCUGCCAGGACGUCCACUCAGCGUACACCAAGCGAAAGUACCAGCACGUCACCAGCAAGGUGGCCAAGUACAUCAGCGACCUCAACGAUCAGAAGAAGCGACGCAGCACUUCGGGCUCCAUUCAGCGCCACAGCUCCAUGCCGGAGUACCUCACGCCCAAGUCGCGAGCGCGCCACGGUGGCGGGCACUUCAGCGUCGAUGAGUUGCACCAAAUGGAGGAGGUGGAAUCGCCCAAAGCGUCCAAGGACAACAGCUGCGUUGAUUACGAGAUGCUACAGAAUGAGCACGAGAUGCUCCGAAACGAGAUGCUCCGAAACGAGAACGAGCUUAUAAGGGAGGAGAAGGACCGACUCCAGUCCUACAGCAACUACCUUCAGGAGCGGCUGGACGCCAAGCAAGCCCAGUUCGUGCAGCUGAAGCGCAACUUCGAGACGCUCCGCAUAGAGUUGAGCGAUAAGAAUGAGAAACUGAAGCGUCACCAGCGAAACUCACUCCGCACCCUUAAUAACUGGCAGCCUGCGGUCAUAGCCAGGGCCACACAGACGGAUAUGGUCGAGUUGGAGUCCAUUCUCGAGAGCAAUAACCUCGCCAGGCCGACUCCAAGCUUCGAUCUGUCGUACAACACCAGCGAGGGCUCCAUCGAGAUGGCUCUGCCCACUGGGGAGUCCAUUGUGAGCCCGCUGAAUCCCGACAACGAACCGGAGGCCAGAACAACAGCAGCGCCCAACAGCUCGGAAACAAGUCAACCUACUAGCAACGACUCGGCAAUUGACAUGGAGAACCACGGCCUCCGUAUGGGACUCUACUACGUCGACGAGCGUCGCAACCGGUUCAUACAGAUACAGGGCGUAAGCAGGGACAACCAAGGGCACCCUUGGUUGCGUCCAAAGAGGAUAUCGCUUGGCAGCCGCAUACUGCGGAUCUUCGGGCCCUGCGUUUCCUGCAGUGACCAGGCCCAGGCGAUGAAUGUCACCUUCGCUUCAGAACGACCGCUGGUGGAUGAGACGAUGGCCGGCCAAAGGCUCCAGCGCUGAUCGCUGGUUUCCUACAUACUUGCAUUUGUUUAUUUGUAUUUUUUUAUUAUAAUUUUUAUGUAUUUCUGUAUUUCUUAUUCAAUAUGUGUAUUUAUGUAAAAGCUAUUUAUUAAAAUUUUUUAUUGUGCCUCCACCAGCAUGAGGGGCUUUGGAAAUGUA